AUGGAAAAAAAUCUGAGUUGGCCGGCUUCUGGUUAUUUGCAUUCUGGAUCAAUGCGGCCUUUGAACUUUUCAAUUCAGGCUGUUGUGCUUAUACCCUAAACACUAUUUCUGUCUUCAUAGUGUCUAGGAUUUUUACAUAUCAUUGUUUUCUUAAGUAAAGGCAAAUAACAUACAUCCAUGGAUAAUGAGAAUACCUAGGACUAAAAUUACUACUUAAAGAAUGCCAUUCCAUGAGGCAUAUUUCCCCUAAGAACACAGAUUUAAGAGUGGGAUGGACCUUUAAAUACAGUAGAUUAAUGAAUCAGUCAAUAAACAUUUAUGUGCCAGCUAAGCAAUGGAAAUACUAAGAUAAAAGAGCCCUUGCUCUCAAGAUCAUGGUCUAAUGGGGAAAGACAACAUGCAAACAACUAUGUGCAAGCAAGCUACAUACAGGAUACAUGGGAAAUAAUCAACAGAGAGAAAGCACUAGAAUUACGGGGCAUCAGGAAAGACUUCCUGUAGAAGGUAAAAAUAUAGCCAGGAUUUGAAGAAAACCAGAGAAAUCCGGAGGCGAAAAUGAUGAGGGACUGAAUUCCAGAUACAGAGAGGGAAGUGCAAAAGCCCUUGUCGGGAGGCUGAGGGUAUUGUUUGAGGAAUCACAGAGGCCAUUGCCCCAGAAUUGGAGUAUUUUAGUUGAGAGGGACCUUGGCAUGAGGAUUAAGAUGUAAAAAGACUGGAAAAGUGGAGGGAAGGGGAGACGGGCAGUUUAUGAAGAGCUUUGAAUGCCAAAGCACUUAAGUACUCGCUAUAGGGCAAGACCAGUGCUAAGUAGGUAAAUUAAAAAAAAAAAAAAAAAAGCUAUCCUUUAGCCUUGAAGAAUUUACAUUCUAAAAUAAUGAAGAUACAUCGGGGAGAGGUGGCCUGGGAGAUGCAAUUUGGUCGACCUAGUUAAUGAUGUGGAGCAUUUCAAGAAUUGAAGUGGUAGAGAGAGUCGGGGUUGCUCACGUGGCUUAAUAAACUGCUGAACUGAAUUUAGUGUGUAAACCCUAGAAAUACUAAAAAUCAGAAAAGAUUGAUGCUGUCUCUUGAUGAUGACAGAGAACUAAAGAAAUUAUUCCAAGACAAAUUGCCAAUAGAAUGCUAAAAUUAGAUAAUAUGAACCUAACGUAUUUCUACUAAUCGGACUUAAAAGUAAUAAAGGACAAAUGUGUUAAUAUGUGAAAAAAAAAGCUGGAGAGGAGCGCUCUACCCCAUCUAAUUUAAAAAUUAUACAUCCAUAAGUGAACAAAACCUUAUGCUCCAUCUCCUUUACUGGAAUUGCGUGCAGCAGAUAUUUUCGGGACAGAACACUGUAGGCGCUUCUUCCGGAGAAGCGCGAACGUGGUGCUCUAGCCAAGCAGCAGCAGGGAGAGCUCGUACCAGGUGUCUCUCGGUUUUUGGAGUGAUGACUCCGCAGAUCGAAACUUAAAUCAGUGACCGGCUCGGUGGGACAGAAAAAGGAGUCACAUGAUCAAUUAAUCAUCGGCCUACCCCCCAAGUCCAGAGCUAACAGGGUUUCAAGUAAGCGCCACUUCUGAAAUUUCGCCCAGCUCAUGCUGCGCGCCCCGAGGGACUAGAGAACGGGCGACCGCUCCUAGACUCGCAAGCUGCUUCGAUUGAAGCUCCCGCCUUUCUCUGGAGCCGGUUUAGCCUUUUUUUUUUUUUUUUUUUUUUUUUUAACUCUUAUCUUACCAAAGUGAGAGACGCAAAAAGAAACUUCCGCCUGGGUCACGGCGGAGGCAAGCCACGUGACCCCGGCACGAAAGGCGAUUGGGAGUGGGGGGGGGCGGGAGUAAGCCGGUCAAUUUCCCAGCUCCCCAGCCUCGGUUCCCUCCCCACCUUCGCACCGUGCGGAGACGUCCGCCGACCGCGAGUCAUUUUGGCAGUCUCGCGCGCCCCCACGCGUGCGUGCACCCGGCCGCUCUCGCGGUGUCUCGCACCGCCUACCUACCUCCCCCAUUCUUACUCCUCCCUCUUCUACUCCGCUCCUUCCCUCCUCCCUUUUCCCUCCCCUCCCUUCCCCUCCCCUUCCUCCUGCCCCUGUCUCUCGACGGUGGUGGCUCGCGCAGCUCGUUGGCUCACUAUAUAAAGGAGAGAAGCGGGCGGAGAAGACGGCUGGUGGCUGCAGCCCGUGCGGCGGCGGCGAUAGCGGCAGCGCGGGGGGCGGCGACCGGUGGCGGUUUCGCUCCUUUGCCCCGGGCGGGGGGCGGGGAACGCUCCCCUGGACCCCCGAAGGGUCGAUUUUUUUUUUUUUUUAAGGGCGAUUCUCGAAGAUCUCAGCUCCCGGAGGAUCCCCUCCCUUCACCGCCCCCCCCCUUCCCCCUACUCCACCUUCGGGAUUCGAUUUCAUUUUUCAUUUUUUUUUUUUUAAUCUCGGUGAUCUGGUUACAGUCGGGGUCUUUUGUUUUUGUUUUUAUUUCUUUUUUUUAAUUUCUUUUUUUUUUAUUUUUUUGUUGUUGUGUUGUGUGUGGAAAUGGCGAACUCGGCAAAUACAAACCCCGUGCCCAAAUUAUAUAGAUCUGUCAUGGAAGAUGUCCUUAAUGAUGUAAGAGAAGUUUUCCUGGAUGAUGGAGUAGAUGAACAAGUCCUUAUGGAAUUAAAAACAUUAUGGGAGAAUAAGCUGAUGCAAUCUAAGGCAGUAGAUGGAUUUCAUUCAGAAGAACAAUAUUUAAUACAAGUGCAGCAACAACAGCAGCAGCAGCAGCAGCAGCAGCAACAUCACCAUCAUCACCAUCAUCAACAAGCACAACCCCAACAGACUGUGCAACAGCCAUCCCAAACUCAACAGGUCCUUAUCCCUGCAUCACAGCAAGCAGCACCGCCUCAAGUUAUUGUGCCAGAGUCUAAGUUGUUACAACAUAUGAAUCCCUCAAGUAUGAGUGCUGCUGCUACUGCUGCUACCUUGGCACUGCCUGCUGGAGUUACUCCUGUUCAGCAGAUUAUAACUAAUUCAGGUAAUUCAGGCCAGAUUCUACAGGUAGUCAGGACUGCCAGUGGUGCCCAGUACAUCCUUCAGCCGCAGCAGUCAGUGGUUUUGCAGCAGCAGGUUAUACCACAGAUGCAGCCUGGGGGCGUACAAGCUCCUGUUAUACAACAGGUUUUGGCUCCUAUCCCUGGAGGGAUACCACCACCAACAGGUGUCAUCAUACAACCUCAGCAGAUCUUAUUUACAGGAAACAAGACACAAGUCAUCCCUACCACAGUGGCAGCUCCCACUGCAGCACAAGCACAGAUCACUCCAACUGGUCAGCAGCAACCACAACAGCAGACUGCCCAACCACAAGCUCCUUUGGUGCUACAAGUAGAUGGAGCUGGGGACACUUCAUCUGAAGAAGAUGAAGAUGAAGAGGAAGAUUAUGAUGAUGAAGAAGAAGAUGAUAAAGAGAAAGAUGGAGGAGAAGAUGGACAAGUUGAAGAGGAACCCCUGAAUAGUGAAGAUGAUGUGAGUGAUGAAGAAGGACAGGAACUAUUUGAUACAGAGAACGUUGUUGUGUGCCAAUAUGAUAAGAUCCACAGAAGUAAAAACAAGUGGAAGUUUCACCUCAAAGAUGGCAUUAUGAAUCUUAAUGGAAGAGAUUAUGUGUUUUCCAAAGCCAUUGGAGAUGCUGAAUGGUGAAGAAUUGCCUUUAAAAAAAUAAACAAACAAAAAAAGGAUUAUUAAAGCUGGACUGGUUGAAAACUUAGGACAUACAUUUCAACCAAAAUUACUUCUGCAUGUCAGAAAAGUAUGGUAGAAGCAAAGCUACUGGAACAAAGAUUGACCAUGACAGCGUAGACACUACUUCAGACUGGCAAACCAUGGAACUAUAGCACCUGGCGUUGUUGAGAGCUGAGUUUUUGUUAGGAAUACCAUAAUUAUCACUUCAACAUACAGGUACCUACAGCCAGUAAUUAGCAUGUAAGACUUUGUUGCCAUCUUUCUCCCUCUAACUUGUUAAAUCAGAAAAUAUUUCUUGGAACAAAUUGAAGGAACUCUUCCCUUUUGAUAGACUGAUCUGGAACUUCUUGUGUGUAGUCAUUAUAUAGACUAAAUUUGUGUGGGGGCUUUUUACAAAAGGGAAAGAAUUAUGGUAUUGAAUUAAAAUUCUCUUGUAUAAGGAAAAGAUUUAAAUUCUAUUUGAUAGGUCUUAAGCAAUUUUACUUGCCAUUAUCCCUCAGUGAUAUUCCUUCUAUAUCCCUACCCCUUCCUUUUCUCAGCAUCUGUUUAAGAGAAAAGAAUAUAAUCAGUGAUAAUAUUCAUAGGAUCAUAGACUUAGCACUGGAAGGGGCCUCAGAGGUAUUUUACCAGAACCUUGUUUUAUAGAUGCUGGAAUUUGAACCCAGGUUCUUUGCUGGAUUUGGACUCAUUCUUAUACCAUAUUGCUUUCCAGUUAAAUUCACUUUUGGAGGCCACAUCUUUAUUUGACCUAAAACUUUAUAUAUUAUCUUAAAAAUUAAGUUUUUAAAAUCUAUUCAGUAUAAUUCAAAAACUUUUUACAGGAGUUGAGAGGAAAUAACAGUGGUAAGUUUAAUCUCCUUAAGGAGGGCCUGUCCCGCUUUCCUCAUCCUUUUCCCCCUUUUAAAGCCAAAUUGGCUCCUCAGGAAUAGUUUUAUUUCAAAGGGUACCAUCUGAUUAAAGUUGUAUAUACAUGUGCAAAUACAUUGAUUUAUUCCUAUAAUUAGGCUGAAAUUUAUCUUGGUGAGUUUACUCUCCAAGCUUUUAGAUAUCCAGUGCAUUUAUUAUAGUUGAAGGUGAGGACACUGAUUUUAUUAAACAAUUUAGUUACUAUGAACAAGUUUCUUGUGCUUAUUGGGAAAGAAUAGCAAAACUUGAUAACAAAAAUCUAAUUGUCAAUGGGUGUUUUUGAAGUGACUCUUAGGUAAAACCUUUUUUGCUUAUGUGUGAAUGUGUCCUUCUUGUUUACGUGGCAGCCCUACUUUUAAACCAAGUGAUGGGCCAGUGUAAGCAGCUACUCCAGUUCAGCAGAAAGGAAGAUAGUGGUUUUGGGCUAGAUAGUAGUCACAGUUCAGUGUCCUACCAGAGAUUCUAUAACUGUGUAGCACUGUAAUGUUUACUUAUCUCAGCUACUUGGGAGAGGAUCAGUUAUUAUCCUUAGUAAACUAAAAGGACAUUUUCAUGGACAUUGUUCCUUAUGGAUACUUAAAAUUUUGUCUUGGUUUUGGUUGAUAAAACUCCAAAUGUAUUUAACCUCCUGUAUAUUUAAAUUGCUUUUCUUUUCCCUCUUCCAUCUUAGUCUUCCUUUUACUUGCCUCUCAAUAUGUUUGCAGCAGUAGCUUACAUGAAAACCUUAAAGUACAUUGCAAGGAAGAAAACUGUGAUGAACCAUUAUAUGGGUUUUUUAACACCACUUAGAUCUCUAAAAUUGUCUCCUCACCAGAGAGCCUAAUCAAAUUACUGCCCCUCUUGUCUUUGCUUAUAUGUUGUAAACCUCAUUAUAAAGUUGGUUUCCAGUCACAUUAAUAAUAAUUAAGUGCUGUUUUGAUGUAAAGAUUUUGAGUAUGAUUUUUAUUUUGAUUUGUCUUAAUUAAUUUAGGAUAUAAUCUAAGUCUUUUUUAGAAAAAAGUUUGUUUUUAAUUACCACUAUGCUAAAAGCACAUGCAAUUUUUUUGGAGGUCAUUUAUAUGCUGGGGUGGGGUGGGGAAACCAGACUAGUUAACCCUUACUUUUUUUUUUUUUUGAAUUGUCAGGUAGUAAAGCUGCCAAAUAGGUUUGUUUACUCAAAAAAAAUCAAUCAUCUACCUGAAAAAGUUUAGCAAUGCUGCACACAAUUGAACAAAUGAAAUCUUUUAGCUUCUUAGCAGUUUUACUACUAGAACCCAUGUUACAAUAUGCUUAUUCUCUUUUGUGUCUUGGGGUCUUCUGUGGUAGACAGAUAUCUUUUUUGUUCAUAUUAGCAGCAUUAUAAACUGGCUUGUUCACUAUAUUACAUUUUGUGAUAUAACCACUGCUUUCAAAGUAAUUUUUCAGUUAUUUUUGAAGCAGGUUAAUAACCAUUUGUAUUUGCACCUGUGUCUUACAUAUUAAUUAUGGCAUGCUUGGCAAAUGAGGGAUUUUUUUUUUAAAAUUACCUGUGAAGUUUUUUGAAAGCCAGUCAAACAAAAUGACUUACCAAAUUGUGCUCUUACAUAUUGCUACUUCAAGUGUUCCUUUUAAAUCAAACUUUUCAAUUUUAUUUUGUAGCAAUUUGCUGUAAGAAUGUAGCUUGCUUACCUUUUAUUGUACUUGAAUUUUAAUCAUGGUUUUAAACAUUGUAAUUAAACAGACCAUUUCAUUAGGUUCCAUAGAAUUUGUCAUUCCUUUGAAGAGGACAAGGAAUUCCCACUUUGAUUUUUAAAAUUAAUAUAACUUGUUUAUUUGAAGUAGAAGAAAUAGUUCAGUAUUAAUAUUACGGAGAUGAAAGGUUUCAAAAGAGUUAAGUUUAGAUUUGCACAGAUGGUAACAGCACCUUUUAACUUGAAAAAAUGGGGAAAUAUCUUUAACAUUAAUCAUCAGCUCUAAUGGACAUUUGCAUAGCAACUGGAUAAAGUGUAGAAAUUUGUGCCUUUCAGUAUACAGAGUCUUUGUUGGUGGUCAUUUGAAUAAGCCAGGCCACUUGAAUUCCUGAGAGGACAUUUAAUUUUUGCGGAGUUCCAAAUGUAUCUUUAAAAACUCUUAAUGUGCAAUCAAUUUCUAAAAUCAAAUAAGUAAAAUGUCUGCUAUUGAGGGGAAUAGACAUAUAAGGAACUUUAUAUUGGACUGUUAUAUUUUUAAUGUUCAAUUUUUGUUAUUGCUAAGUAAUUAAAUUUCAUCCUAAUGUUGCAUCCAUGUUGUCCCUUGCAUCAUAGGCCGCAUUGACAUAGUCCUCUGAGUAAUACAUCAUGAUUUCAAAAAUACAUGAUAAUUUUCAGUGUGUUUUUUGAGAAGCAUAGUUCUAAUAUACAAUGUUCUUAGAAAACAACAUGAAAACAUGAUGUAUACAUGUUUUCCUUUGCUAGAGUGUAAAAUGAAAAAUCAAGGGUUGGGCUUUUUCUUUCUCUUUUUUUUGGCCUUUUUUUGGGGGGGAGGGGGGUAAGGUUGAGGGAUGUGGAUUUCCCUCUGUUGAAAGUAUUUCAUGAAUACCCAAUAGCAAUAAUGUCACCAUAAACUACUUCCAUAGGGGGAAUAUUCGUAAUCCCACUACAGGAAAACAGUCAAGUAGAUUCCCAUAAGAGUUCCCUUUUUAAAAAUUUUGUAAUUUCUUCCCAUUUGAAAAACGUUCCUUUAUUUGCAGAUUGAUUUCACGCUGAAUUUUUUGUUAUUGUUUAAAAUUGUUGUGCAAUGUUAAUUGUUAAUAAGACACUUUCAUCGGCAUUUUAAUUUUUUUUUCUCUGAAGCCCCUUAUAGCCCCUGUACCAGUAUCAAAUUAAUAUUUUUCAGAUUUCCAAGUUCAACGGUUAAAUAUAGGAUUCACACACAUGCACAUACACAGUUUUGAUUCUUCCCAUUAUCAUGCUGGGGAAGUGAUAUUUAAAUUUACAUUCAUUUUUACAUAAUUUUGUUCUCAUUUACUUUCGGACAUUUGCUGUGGCUUUUAAAAAAUAAUUUUGGCUAUGCGUAUUAUGAGGAACAAAAGGAACUUUUUAUGGGAGAAACUAUUUUGGGUUAUUUACACCUAUAGUCCAGUGUGUAUCAAGGUGUACCAAUGAACUACAAUAUUUUUUUGGUAGGGGGAGGGACUCAUAUCCUUUUUUUGCUGUUCUGAGCUACAAUUGUCAACUGCUGUUGUACAUACUAUUAUGUGUACGGGGGUAAAUAUAUUUAUUAUGUUUGUAAAAGUCAUUCUGUACAAUUACAGAUCAAGGUUGCUCUUCUGUGAUAUACAGGAUAUUAUGUUUCAAAGGCCAUGCUUGGAAUACAAUUAGAGAACUUAGUAUUUUGAUGUACUAAGACCUAUUUUAAGUUUAAUAUUUUGCCUUUGCAAAAACUUUAAUUAAAGAUGUUAUUUAAAAAAAAAAAA